GGGCCUAGGCCUGGCAACCCUCUCCAUCCCCUCCCCGAGCCUGAGGAGAUUUCGCUCGAGUAGCCUCCCCUCAGUCGGGUCGUCUACUAAAGUCCUCUCUCCCCAGUCCCCUUAUCCAUCCUGUAAGGAGAUCUUAAAGCGGAAAGCAUCUUUUUCCCUCAGGAAGCGGGGUCCAAGAGAGCAUCCCUCUCCUAGUAGCCAUCACCUCAGUUGGGGCCUAAGCAGGCCCACCUUGCCACCUGCCAGUUUUAAACAAGUUGUCUUGUUUUUCACCCAGGCCCAAGGUUUGAAUUUUGCCUCAGAGUAAGCUUCACCGGUUAUUGGGCAGAACCCCUACUCUGCUGCCAUGCACAGUGGGGCCUACUGGUUGUUAGAAAGAGAAUACCUGCAGCUGAAAGACACAAGCCUCUUUGGCAUUACUGCAGCUCCUGUGGCAGACGAUCUGCUGAUGUGGCGAGCUGAAAUCCAAGGUCUAAAAGAUUCUCUCUGGGAAGGAGCGCUUCUCCAGCUGUCGAUAAAGUUUCCCAAGGAGUAUAAUCAGGCUCCUCCAGAUGUGACAUUUAAUACAAUUCCAUUCCAUCCAAAUGUGGAUAUGCAUUCCGGUCGACCUUGCGUAGAUUUUCUAGACAACCCCGAAGAAUGGGAUGGAAGAUAUUCGUUGAGUAGUGUUCUACUUGCUAUCCAGGUUUUGCUUUCUAAUCCGGUAUUAGAAAAUGCAGUGAAUGUGGAAGCGGCUGAAAUGAUGAGAAACAAUAUGUCUUUGUACCGGCAGAUCGUGAUGGACUGUGUUAGAGCAAGCCACAGUCUACAAGUACUUGAAGAUAAGGAGGUCGAUGUACCUUCUGUAGAAUUCUUCUUACCACCUGAAGCAACAGCUGAAGACCAAAGGAGGAAGAUUAAAAGAAUCUCUUUUGAAGACUACCUCAGGACCUGGUCUGAAAUAGCCACAUCCAGAGCUGCACACUGUUUCGGAAUCCCACUGUUUGAAGAACCUCAUUUCAUAGAAAAAUACCAAAGCUGGAAGCAAAACAACAUAAAAGCACCUGGAUUAUGGGAUGACAGGUUUGCUUCUCUGUUGUCUGAGAUCACUCGGAAACGCACGAUGCUCCCCAGAGCCAAGAAGACCCAGGUGCACGUGGCCUGCCCGACUCCAGAUCCAAAUCCCCUUGAGCCAGCGGCUGGUGGAAGAAUUGAGGGGAAGGUGAAUAUGCGAGAAGAGGAACUGUGGGGGAAGAUCGUCUCCGCGGUAAUGAACGACGCUGCGGAAGACGAGCUGUGGGACCCCGAAGUGGAAAACCUGAUUGCGUGGAGUAACACACUCGGCAGCGGUGGUUUAGACGAUUAAAGGUGAUGCAGUGCAAAC